UUCCUCAUAGCAAUUCGCCAGUGUGUGGAAAGAAGGAAAAAAGAGUGUCCAUUAUUCUUUUCGACAAACCUCCUUCGUUUUUGUUUUCCAUUAUUUUGUCGCGAAAUAAUUAGAUUAAAUUAGCCACCAGCAUGAGAAAAAGUGUGUGAAAUCGCUGUAGAUCAUUUGCGAGAAUGGUGUGAGCUUGGACAGUCGGAAGUAUUCCGUUGCAAUAGCGGGUUAAAAGGCAAUCAAAAUCGGCACGAAAUCUUGAGAAAAGACUACGACGGACGACAGGAUUUACACACUUGCGACAAGAGGGAGAGCAAUGUGGAAGAACCAAGCCCACUUGUGCUUUCUAGUUGUUUGUAUUUUGUCGCUGAACGAACGGAUUUUCGCCAGUAAAGCCACCGGAUCCAAGGUUGAGUCACAAUACUUCUUGGCGGGCAAAAAUGGCACGUUGUCCUGCAAGUUUACUGGAGUGGAAAAUCCUCUGUGGCAGAAGGAUGGAAAGAAUCUCACUGACGGCAGUGCCAGGAUAACAUUUAUGAUAGUAGACAGUGAAGCGGAUGUCGAACGGCUCUCUGUAAGUGACCAGGAUAAGUCGGCAGAUGAAUCUAUCGAUACAACAACCACGGCUGAUGCACUAACGACUGGUCCUAUAGUAAUUUCCACCAUAACGAUACACAAUUUUACAUCAUCUGAUGUGGGCAACUACUCCUGCCUUGGGGCGGACAAAACUGUGCUCACAAGGUACUCGGUUCGAAAAAUAGUUUUGCCAAAAAUAAUCGCUUCGAGCCCACAGCGAACAAAAAUCAAACAGGAUCGAAAAUUUCAACUGUACUGCGUCAUACACAUGUACCCACUGGAAUACUUUAAUAAUUCUAUUCAAUGGUUCAAAGAAGACGAUACCACCGACAAUAUUUUUUUGAGAAAUUCCACCGUUCGAGCGCUGAACGGAACACACGUUAACGCCACCUUAACAAUACCUAGUGUGACUAAAACGCACAAUGGAACCUACUCUUGUAAUGUUGGCCCAUCAGCUAUGGUUGACGAAAUAAGCGGAACGGACAAAAAGCUUAUGGCCCUUCUUGUGCUUGACAAACCUCAAGUAACUAUCGAUUACGUCAAAGCCGUUGGUGCGAACAAAAUCUAUCUCAAUUGGACCAUCAACGAUGGCAAUGAUCCUAUCAAACAUUAUAAUGCACAGUUUAUGAAGAAAGGUGAUUCAACAUUCACGUACUAUGCCAAUCGUAUAGAUGGAAGAAAUUCUUCCAUUGUUUUGGAAAAUUUUGAACCCGCUACCGAUUAUGAGAUCAAAUUGACUGCUCAUAACGGCCAAGGAAAUGGCAAUCCGUCGCCUCCGGUCAAAGUGAAAACGCUAGAAAGCGAUCCCAGUUUUACACCUUUUAUUGAAGUUACAGGAAAUACUCACUCUACCAUAACCAUUGGAUGGACAGCCCCUCCAGCUGAUUUACUGGAGUAUAUUCAAUAUUACGAUCUAACUGUUUCAUUAGCUGGCCAAAAUAAUUCCAAAUGGGAAACAUAUUAUCCACAAAAUAGACGCAAUCUUCCAUAUAUGUUUGAUAAUUUAGACACUGCCACUGAGUACAGUUUCCGAGUCCGAGCAUGCAGUGAAUUGGCCAAAGUUUGCGGAAACUGGUCCGAAGAAGUAAAUGGGACGACUAGCGACGGUCUUUCAUCCAUGCCACUUAAUUUGAAUGUCACUUGCUCCCACUUCAAUAUCUCUCGACGUAAUUCCGUGAGGGUACACUGGGAUCCUCCGGCAAAACCCAAUGGAAAAGUUCAAUCCUAUCAGGUCGUAUUGGAAGGUGUGUCGCAAUUUCGAAGUGAACAUGGUUCCAUGAAGAACGAAACAUUCGGGCCGAAAAUUAAAAACGUCCAAAAGCAGUUUACCAAAACCGAUUACGAUGGCAUACCACCGAACACUAACUACACGGUCAAAGUAGCAGCUCUGACGCGAACCAAACGGCCAGGUGAUGUGGCCAGCGCCACUUGCACGAUGCCAGCAACUACUCCCGACAACAUUGGUCGCUUGAUGUGGGGCAAACUUCGCACCGAAGACAAUCAGUGGAUUUUCAAACUAUUUCUGCCUCGGAUAACCGAACGCAAUGGUCCGAUCUGCUGCUACAAGGUUUACCUCACUCGACUGGGUCAGCGAAAUGGAUCCCUCCCGGAACCGGAUACUCUGGCGGUGACAAGUUAUGCGGACGUCCACUCCUUAAACAACUCCCACGGGGGAACGUAUCUGGCAGAAAUAUUUUCUAGUCUCAACUAUAGCCCGGAGGUUUUCCUCGGUGACGGUAAAACCAACGAAUUCCGCAGUAACGGAUUGUGCCGUCAAUGUUUGUACAAAACCAGAUUUCAUCAUAGCGAUAAGCAUAGUGCCAUCAACAGGGAGGAUGAGGAUGGAAAUCAAAAUUCCACGAACCCAGUUCGCACCGGCAAUGAAGCGGUCCCAGUGGAGGAUGAACUGAAGGUUUCUAGUCAUGAAAAACGCGAGAUCGGUGCGUACAGCUUCCACGAUCACGAAAACGGCCAUCAGUUGGAGCAGAUUUACGAUGGAUUACUUGACCCGAACAGCAACUACACCGGUUUUGUUGAAGUUGUUGUGAGGACAGAAGGGGAUCAGGGCUUACAGUACAUGUCUACAUUUAGUGAGUACUUUGCGGAAAUGAGUGCUGGGGCUCCGGCUGCCAGUGAACUAGAUAGUAAGGACCUAUCGUACAUCCUGAACAUAGUGAUUCAAAUUCUUUGUGGAUUGAUACUGAUAGUUUUACUGGUACUUCUGUCGCUCUGCCUUUUACACAAGCACUUUAGCAAAAACAUUGCGCAAGAAGGAGAGGCAAUUAGUUUAGGGGAUUCACUUAGGCGAGCCCUUUGUCAUGGACGGAAUUCAAAUGUACAUCAUCGCCACCUAUUGGGCAAUAACAGUGCCAAACCUCCUGUCAUUCCACCAAUCAACAAGGAUGAUCUUUCCAAAGCAUAUUUUGAAAAGCACAAAGAUUCGGACUAUGGCUUUCAGCACGAGUUUGAACUUCUGCCAGACAAAUUUAUUGAUCGUACAACGAAGAAUUCUGAUCUGAAGGAGAACAUACAUAAGAAUCGCUAUCCGGAUAUCAAGUCUUAUGACCAAACGCGGGUCAAAUUGUCGACGAUGAACGGUCUCUCUGGCUCUGAUUAUAUCAAUGCCAAUUUCGUAAUCGGUUACAAGGAACGUAAAAAGUUUAUCUGCGCCCAAGGACCCAUGGACAGUACGGUGAACGAUUUUUGGCGAAUGAUAUGGGAGCAACAUUUGGAAAUUAUUGUCAUGUUGACCAAUUUGGAGGAGUACAAUAAAACGAAAUGUGCCAAAUAUUGGCCGGAGAAUAUUAACGACUCGACACAGUAUGGGGAGCUGUGCAUUACUUUUACUUCCGAUAGCUACUAUGCCGAUUAUAUAGUGCGAAAUUUGAAGGUUACAAAACGAUCUAUCAACUCAGCUGGCGAAGAUGUAGAAGACACUCGAUACAUUUCUCAGUUCCACUAUCUGACCUGGAAGGAUUUCAUGGCACCGGAACACCCACAAGGAAUCACCAAAUUCAUCAAACGCAUCAAUUCAGAAUACUCAUUGCAGCGUGGCCCGAUACUGGUUCAUUGCAGUGCUGGUGUUGGUCGAACAGGUACUUUCGUGGCCCUCGAUACACUGUCACAACAAUUGAACGAGGAGGGUCAGGUUUCCAUCUUCAACACAAUUUGUGAUAUGCGAUAUCAAAGAAAUUUUCUCGUUCAGUCACUGAAACAAUACAUAUUUUUAUAUCGAGCCCUUACUGAGUUAGCAUACUUUGGGGAUACUGAAAUUGACCAAAAAUCAUUAGCUACAACCGUGGAAAGUCUGAAACAGCCAUCAUCGGAUAACCCCGAUAUAAGUAAAUUAGAAGCACAAUUCCAGCGACUGAAGUCCUUCCAAGACGACUCCCGACGUACAAUUGCGAUGGGUGGUAGCGAGGAGAACAAGGCCAAGAAUCGAUCGGAUGCGUGUGUCCCCUACGACAAAAAUCGAGUCAUCCUGGCUCCGAUACCGGGUCACGACAACUGCACUUACAUAAAUGCAUCAUUCAUUGAUGGUUAUGACGAUGAAAACAACUUUAUUAUUACCCAGGAUCCGAUGGAGAACACUAUUUUUGACUUCUGGAGGAUGAUCUUCGAGCAGCGCAUAAAAACUAUCGUAAUGUUUUCAGAGAUUGGCGAUGGUCCCAAUAAGUGUCCCCGGUACUGGGCUGAUGACGAGAUGCAAUACGAGAACUUGCUCGUGACGUACAUCCAGAGUGAAAGUGGGCCGUAUUAUACGAAGCGGGAGUUUACGGUGACUAAUUGCAAGACAAAAGAUACCAUCCAGGUGACUCAGUUCCAGUACAACGGGUGGCCAACGGUGGAAGGCGAAGUGCCGGAGGUGACCCGCGGUAUGAUCGAAAUAGUCAACCAAGCGCAGCAGCACAGCUCUCAGCAGGACGAUAUCUUCACCAUUGCCGUUCACUGCAGCUUGGGAUCGGACAAGAGCUCCUUAUUUGUGGCCAUGUGCAUUCUAGUAAUGCAGUUGAAAACCGAGAAACGGAUCGAUAUCUGUUCGGUAGUCAGAAAGCUUCGAGCACAACGUAGUUUAAUGAUAGAAACUUAUGCACAAUACGAAUUUUUGCAUAGAGCUAUUGUAAAUUUCGCUGAUCUAUACAAAAUCUCGCUAGGCAUAGCUUCCGAUUGUUGAUAAGCUUAACAUUAUACAUAUAGUGGAAAACACAACAUUAUUGCUAAGAUAACCAAUACGUAUGAAAGUCGCGGAGUUAAAUCGUGAAAGAACAAAAAAAAACACUGACAAAAAUCACAAUUAUGAGAUAUGUAUAAUUUUUCAUACCCUCAGGGGUUUUUUCAAACACAACAAACAUAGUGAAAAAAAAAAAACAAAAAUAUGAAUGUGUCAGGCGCAGGAAACGAAAACCGCAUGCGACUAUUCCUUACUAUGUAUGCUUAUACUGCUUCUUGUAUGCAAUUGUGUAUUUAGUUUAAGUUUCAUUUUAAAAUCAUGAAUGCGAUUCACAAACUAAAGUUCAAAACAAAUCAAAGCCGGAUGGGCAAUGAGAUUAGUACAGGCGAAACGCUCAAGAGAUUUUUCAUUUUUAGACGUUUUUAAUCGUUUCAUUUUAGGCCACUAGCGCUAAACUUUAUUUCCACUCUGAUUGAAAAAUUACAACAGUUUACAUUGUCCCAAAUGUUAGCUCUAUGUCCUUCCAAUUCUACACAUCCAAAGUAGGCACAAUACACUAUAAAUAGCCAUCGAAUACUUAUAACCGUAACCAUUAGAGGAAAUGCCGGUCUCCAUCCAUACUUAUCCCGAGCACUAAAAUGGCCAGCAUGCGAAUGACUGAUGGGAAAGGUGAAAGAGAAUCAAAAAAUUUUCGUAGGAUGACAUCUCAGAGAAAGCUGAAAGUUUGUGAUCGAAGCAUUAGAAAGGUGUAGGUAAAUGGUUGAAAUAGUAAAAAAAACAAACAAUUACGAGCAUGUGUGGGAAGUGACAGCGUUAGGAACUUUACAGAAAAGUAGUUAUUUUUCAUGUUGAAAAAUACAUCAUUAGGAAUCCAUUCACCUGGAGAAAAGUAAUGACAUUAACUAAAAGAAAAAAAAACUGCAGAAAAUGAUGCAAAAUAUACCUCUAUCUGUGUGUAAAAGUCAAUAACUAUUAAGGUAUCUGUACCAGUAUGAUAUUUCUAUGAGUAAUAAAUAAAAGGAAACGAAACGAACAAAACAACUAAAACACAGGCAAAUCCAUGAAACAGCAGAAUAUUAACAUAAGGAAAAGUCGUGUGCUGAACCUACAAUUUACUACAUUAUAUAAUGUUUGUAUUUAUCAACAACAAAAUUAUCAAUACUGAACAGUAAAGAUAAAACUUGUGUAUA